UUUAUUAUCUUUUCCUCAGAUAUCUAAUUUUAGUUAAUCUAUUUGGAUAUUUAGUCCUCCUGGUAUUUGCUACUGCCAGACGGUGCUGCUGCACAACUGUAUGCAAUUCAGUAAUAAACCGAGAUAUUGAAAUGACCAAAGUAACAUGGGCACUGCUUUUUGUUUUUGUGAUGCUGUUUGCAACUCUUUGUGAUGGAAAGAAGAAGACAGACUAUUCUAAACAUGUUCAAAAAGUUGACAAUAUUAAAGAUUUUAAGAAAAUACUAAGAACAAGAAUAAACGUUUUGGUGUUGUUUUCUUCGUCUGGUUCUGCUGCAAAUUCAGUAAUGGAUGUCUUUGGCGAAGCAGCAAUUGCGUCCAAAGGAACAGCUACAUUAAUUGAAGUUGAUUGCAGCACCAAAGAGGGCAAGAAGCUCUGCAAGAAACAAAAGGCGAAGCCGGAUCCUACUGUAAUCCAACACUAUAAAGAUGGUGAAUACAGUGCUGACUAUGAUCGAAAAUUUUCAGUCAAGUCCAUUUUAGCAUUUCUUCGUGAUCCUACAUCCGAUGGACCUUGGGAAGAAGAAGACAGUGCUCAGGAUGUUGUUCAUCUUCAUAAUGAAAACGAAGUCAACAAACUUUUGAAAAAGAAGAAGCCUACUUUGAUCAUGUUCUAUGCCCCAUGGUGUGGAUUCUGUAAAAGAUUCAAGCCUGCAUAUUCAGAGGCUGCAACUGAUAUGAAGAACAAAGUUAUUUUUGCCGGAGUUGAUGCUGAUAGUCCUGAAGCAUCUUCUCUUCGUCAAACCUUCAAUGUUACCGGUUUUCCGAAGACUAUCUACUUUGAAAAUGGCAAACAGAAGUUUGAUUAUUCUGGAGGACAUCAGAAAUCAGAUAUCGUUGAAUGGCUUGCAGAUCCACAACCACAAAAAGAAAAGGAACCAGAGAAAGGAUGGGAUGAAACCGAGAAUGAUGUUGUUCAUCUUACUGAUACAACAUUUGAUGAAUUUAUUGCUGCAAACAGUAAAGUAAUGGUUUUUUUCUAUGCACCAUGGUGUGGCCAUUGCAAGACUUUGAAACCUCACUGGGACAAAGCAGCAGAAACACUUGCUAAAGAAGAAGCACCUGAAAAAUUGACAGCUGUUGAUGCAACUAAAUUCAAUGAUUUAGCAAGUAAAUACAAGGUGAAAGGCUAUCCCACGGUAAUCUACUUUGAAAAUGGUGAAGAGAAAUAUGAUGCAUCAGGUGCUUUUACAAGGACACCAGAAGGAAUCGUGCAAUAUAUUAAAGAUCCUAAAGAGCCUCCUCCACCAGAGAAAGAAUGGCAUGAGACUGAAAGUGACGUUCAACAUUUAACCGAUGAAGAUUUUAAAUCUGCAACAAAGAAAAAGAAGCAUUCCCUAAUUAUGUUCUAUGCACCAUGGUGUGGUCAUUGCAAAAAAGCCAAACCUGAAUACACAAAUGCAGCAGCAACUUUUGCUGAUGAUAAAAAGGUGAUGUUCGCUGCUGUUGAUUGCACGAAGCAUAAAAAAACUUGUGAGCAAUACUCAGUGCAAGGAUAUCCCACAUUUUAUUACUUGUCUUAUGGAAAAUCGGAGACCAAAUACCAAGGUGGUAGAGAGGAGGCAGCGUUCACUGAAUUCAUACAAGAAAAGACUGGGACUUUAGAUUUUGAAAAUUUCAUUGAGGAUGUUCUGCAAAAUUCUGAUAUAGUUGAUGAAGAUGAGUAUGACUCGCCAGAUUUCUGGGAUAAUAUUCCUGGUUCUGAUUUACUUCAUAAGCUAACAGAAACCUCUUGGGAGACAUUUGUAGCAGAAUAUUCUAAAGCUAUCUUGGUGAUAUAUGAUUCCAGAUGUCCAAAUUGUGAAGCUCUACGAAAACCACUUGGAGAAUGUGCACGUCAGUUGAAAAAAGGAAAGAUGAAAGUAGAAAUUGGUGUCGUGGAACAGGAUUUAUCUGAUGAAGAUAUUCCUCAUUUAUGGUCUGUGGACAUGGGUGUGCCUACCAUAUUUUGGUUUGCUAAUGGACAAAGACAGGUUGAAUAUGAGGGAGUUCGUUCGAUGGAAGGAAUCAUGAAAUUCAUUUCUGAUGCAAUUGAUGAAGCAGCUUCUUCUACAUUUAGAGAAAUAAAAGCUCAAGGUCCUGAAUGGUCCACGCAAGAAAGUUCAGAAGACAUCAUUCAUUUGAAUGAUGAAAUAUUUGAAGAAUUUCUCCGAGAACACGAAGAGUCAUUGGUAUAUUUUUAUUCGCCAGGAUGCAAAGCAUGUAACCAAAUCAAACCUAAGUAUGAAGAAGCAGCAACUUUACUUGAUGAACUGAAACCCGAAGUAGCUCUUGGCGCAGUGAAUGUUAGAAAAGCUCUCACUUUAAAAAAGAAGUAUGAAAUUGAUUCCCCGCCAAAAUUUUUGUAUUUCAAACAUGAGAAAUUGAAAUUUGAAUAUCAUGGCCAACAAACAGCUGAAGCACUUGUAGAUUUUAUGCUCAAGCCUUCCUUUAUUCCAAAACCAAAAGUUGAUGAUGAAUGGUUUGGUGAAGAAACAAAUGUGACAUUAUUGGACAAAAACACACUUUCAGAAUUUAUCUCAAAGCAUAAUAACGUACUUGUCAUGUUUUACGCUCCAUGGUGUGGCCAUUGCAAACAAUUCAAGCCAGCAUUUAAAAAAGCAGCCAACAUUCUUGCUACUAAAACUACAGAUGCAAAGCUAGCAGCAUUCAAUGGCAAUAAUAACAACAAGAUUAACUCCAAAUAUGAUGUCAAAGGCUUUCCGACUUUAGUCUACUUUAUGAAUCAUGAGUAUGUUUCACAUUACAAAGGGAAGAGAAUAGCUAAUGCUGUUGUGGAUUUUAUGAUUGGAUCAACAAGUGAGGAUCAACAGACAAAACCUGUUGAAAUUGAUUUAAUAAAUUCAACAAGACCAUAUGAGGUGGAAUUUCUUGAUCCAGAAAAUUUCCAGAAAUAUUUGGAUGAGCAUGAUAAUGUUAUGGUGAUGUUUUAUGCACCAUGGUGUGGAUCUUGUAAAAACUCUAAAACACCAUAUUUUGAAGCAGCAGUUGAUAUAUACGAAGAUUUGGAAGAUUCCAGCAUGGCUAUUUUCGAUGCCUAUAAACAUAAAAAAUUUGCAGAUGAAUUUGAUGUUAAGGGUUAUCCAACUUUAUGGUAUUUCAGUAAUGGAGAGAAACAAUACAAAUAUAAUGGAGAAAUUACGAAAGAAGCAUUAACAGACUUCAUGGCCGACCCGCAUGAAAUAGAGGGAGCAGAUACCAAACAUGAUCCAUCGAGCUGGAUUGCAGAAAAGGAUAAAGUUGUUCAUCUUAACAGGGAUAAUUUUGACAAAACUCUCAAGCAGCACAAAACUGCAAUUGUUUUCUUCUAUAUUAAUGCAUGUCAAUAUUGCAUUGAUACUGUGAAGCCAAAGUAUGUUGAGGCAGCAGAAGUGCUGGCAAAUGAAUCACCAGAUGUUCUGCUUGUAGCCAUCAAUGGUGAUUGGGAGAAAUCAAUAACUUCUAAGCUCAAUGUCAAUUCAUUUCCCACAUUCCUAUAUUUCAUGAAUGGAAAAAUGCAAUACAAAUAUGAAGGGCCAUAUGAUUCUGCAUCUUUGGUGAAGUUUCUUAAAAAACCAUCAAAAGAACUAGCAAAAAGAAGAAAACCAAUAUCUUGGCAAGAUUUACCAUCUGCUAACUACGGAAAUGUCGAACAUUUGGAUAACCAUACUUAUGAUGCAUUUUUGAAAGAGCAUCCAAUUGCAAUGAUAAUGUUUCAUUCACCAUGGUAUUCACGCUGCUUAGGACUGAGAGAAGUCUUUCGUGAAGCAUCGGAAAAUUUGUCCAAUGAAAUAGGAAUGGGAGCUAUUGAUUGUCACAGGAAACCAGAGCAAGGAAUUAUAUGCUACAAAUUGAAGAUCAAAGAAUUUCCAUCUUUCAAAUACUUCAAGAAUGGAGAACUUCAAAGAAGUUUUGACGGAAUGACUGCAAAUGAUUUCAUUAUUUUUCUUCAAGCUGAAAAAGAUGGAACUCCACAUGAUGAAUUAUAAAAUGAUAACAACCCCAAAUCAAAAUUUUAUAUAGGACUGAAUUCCAAUGCCAUCUAUGAAAUCAAAUACUUGAUAGGCGCUAAUUUAUCUUAAAUGUUCAACCCCCCAAAAGUGCUCAAGCAUUUUGACAUACCAAACCUAUAUUCUUUUUAUCAGGAGCCUAGUAUCAUUAUGAUGUUUGAAUAAAGUAUGUUUCAAGCAAACCA